CAAAAUGAAUUCUUCACAAAGCUCAUAAACAGAUCUUAAUGAUUGGGCUUUAAUUUAUUAGAAUCUCUAACUCAUUGAAACAGAAUAUUUAUCUUCCAAGCUGUAAUUACUUUUCAAAACUUUACCUAAUUUUAAUGACUUUAUCAAACUUUAUGAGUCUUCUAAAACUGAAUCAAAGGAUACAUGGAAUCUAAAUGAAGAGCUUUUCUUAUAACUUAUAGUUUUGAGUCUGAAUCCAAAAUGUAUUAAGGUAUUAGCAAUUAAAAAUAUAUAGAAUCGAUUUGAUUGGGAAAAAGUGUAGAAGCUAAUGCCAAAAUAUAGGAGUCUGUCAGAAUUAUGCUUUAAAUUCUAAUCUUUCUAUAAAGCAUUACUACCAAGACAGCCCUGGUCUUAUUUCGAAGAUUAAACAUUGCAAUAAAUAAUUUUGUAAUAUUUAUUCCAUCUACUUUAGAGACUAUCCAAGUCGUUGUAAAAAGAAAUGGAGUUCAAUUGCUAAUUAAUAUAAUCAUAUCUGUAAAUCUGAAGUAUUAAGGAAUGCAAAAUAAUGUCGCGAAAGAUGGAACAACAAAUUAGAUCCAUAAAUUAAUAGGUAAUUUUAAUAGUUUAUAAAACAUUAAAGAGAACCAUGGUCGAAAUCUGAAGAGUUAAACUUUCUAUAAUUGCUACUUCAGAAUGGUCGUAAAUGGGCUGAGAUAUCUACAAAAUUAUCAAUUAUUACUAAAUAUAAAAGAAGAACUGAAUUUGCCUUAAAACAUAAGUUCAAAUAACUCAAAAAAUAUUAUGGUACUUAUAUUUUAUAUAGUAAAGGUUCAAAACCUAAAGCAAAAUGUGAUAUCAAAUUUUGUCCUUCUUGGAACAUUCAAGAAGCUGAAAUGAUUCGAUAUAAAAUUGAUCUUCUCUAAGAAAAAUCAAGAAUGUGUCAGACUCAAAAAUUUUCUUUUUGUGAAUUUUUAUGUUCUGAUCAUGAGUUUUGCUUAGUGAUUAUUAAGAAUGGGUGUUUGAUCAAAAUAUGA